UUCCCCCUCUGCUCCUCUACCCCCCUCCCCUCCCCUCCACCCAUAUACCCCAGCAUUUAGGAUGUUUGCAGUGAGGAUUGUCACUGCUGACUACUACAUGUCCAGCCCUGUCAAGGGUCUGGACGUUUGCUUUUCGGAAUUCCGGGAGAGUGAGGUGACCAGGGUGCCCGUGGUUCGCAUCUUCGGGCCGACACCUGCAGACCCAGGUUCUAAAGAGGUCUGGAGCAGAGUGGUCCUGGUCGAACCCAAACUAAUUGGUGAGCAGUUUAUUGGUCAGAAGACUUGUCUCCAUUUGCACGGCACGUUUCCAUACCUUUAUGUUCCAUACGAUGGUUAUGGACAACGGCCAGAGCGGCAUCUUCGUCAGCUGGCUCUUAGUAUUGACCAAGCACUAAAUGUGUCAUUGGGCAAUCCUUCCUCUGGUGUCCAGCAUGUAUUCAGGGUAUCGCUUGUAUCUGGGAUGCCUUUUUAUGGUUUUCACGAGAAAGAAAAGCAAUUCAUGAAGAUUUAUCUGUACAAUCCUCUGAUGGUUAAAAGGGUCUGUGAAUUGUUACAAGGAGGAGCUAUUAUGAACAAAUCCUACCAGCCAUUUGAAGCUCAUCUACCGUACCUCCUGCAACUCUUUAUUGAUCAUAAUCUGUAUGGAAUGAAUCUUAUUCAACUUGCAGCAGUAAAAUUCAGAAAAACCCGAAGAAAAGGUGACCAACAUGGAAAAUGCCCUCCUGAAAAAUGCCCUUCUGAAAAAGCUGGUUCAGAAUUAAGCAACACAAGUAGCAAAGAAAAGUCAUGGAAAAGCCCCAUCUCUACCAAGACUAACGGAUCACCAACAUUGACAGAGAAGUCCUUUACUUGCUCCUUUUUAAGAUGGGAAGAAGAUGACAUACCAAGUUCCUUAGUGCUUGAGGACGUUGAUCGACAAAGUACCUGUGAACUUGAAGUGGAUGCUGUUGCAGCCGAUAUAUUAAAUCGUUCAGAGGUUGAAGCUCAGAUUGGCAGAAACCCUGGCUUGCAGGCCAUAUGGGAUGAUGAAAAACAGCGUCGUCGUGAAAACAAUAUGCCCUCGCAGAUUGAGUCGCCUGAUUCACAGGAUCGUGGAUCUGUACAUGUUACUGAGAGUGAAAGGAUCUUCCAACGCAGAAUAAAGGAGAUUCUACAGCAGAAUAACUAUUCGGUGUUUUUGUCACAAUCUGUGGAGGAAAGUGAAGAGUUUGAAACGCUCCCUUCUAACUUGACAUUGCAUGUGGAUGGAAUAUCUCUUGAAGCCCUUUCCUGUACGCCUGCUAAUCUGGUUGAAAUACAUAAUGAUGAGAAAAUAGCAGUGAGUCACGGAAAUGCAGAGAUUGAAGAUGCAAUAGUUGAUGAAGGAACAAUUCUAAGUAUAAUGGAGAGCAGUCAGACGUUCCACCCCUCAUCACAAAGGUUAAUUCAGUCUCCAGUUUUCAAUGCCAGUCACGACCAGGCAAUAGUGCAUCUGUUAGCUGGGUUAGAGGAAGACGGGUUUGGGAAUGCAGGAUCUCCAUUUGCACCUGGUAGACCUUCGCAACAACAAUCUGCAGGAAGUUGUAGCUAUCUGCAGAAUAGUGAUGAUGAAGAAAAUGAGCCGGAAAUUCAAAAAGAGGAGUUGGAACUCAGUUUAAUAAUGUCUCAGCGUUGGGAUGGCGAUUUUCCAGAUAAUGUUGGGAAAAUGAGAUUUUCAGAGAAGAAUUUAAGUGACUGCUCAUCGGAGGAAGAUAAUGCGUUUUCUGAUGGCCAGAUGGAGUGGCGAGGAAAUCGGAACAUGAUGGCUAAUCUUUCUAUUCCUCAGCUUGAUGGAGCUGCAGAUGAGAACACUGAUAACACAUUAAACGAAGACGGUUCAAGAACUCAUUCUACAUUAGCAGUCCGAGACAAAGUACUGACAAAGACGACGUUUCACAAGGAGACUGUGCUAUUAGAACUGCCACCAUCUGAUCAUGUUGGACUACAGUACAAUCAUGCAGGUACCACACCUCAUACGCUUGAUGGUUUGAACUCUACAGAAAUACCAUCGUAUCAGAAUUCAUUCAUCACAACAAAGAAGCCUGAACACUCAGUUUCUAAUUUUUCGAAUGAAGCUGGUUAUGAUUUAAAAUGCAGUGCACCUUGUGAAGAAAUUGGCCUUUGCAAUGUGAAGUUUGCAAAUGCUGAUAUGGUAGAUAGAUCUCCAGAUGCUGUCUGUGAAAACAAACAUAUAACCAGUGACUAUGAAAAUCAGGUACCAUCACACACUGAUAGACUUCAGAGGGUAAAGCAUUAUAUCAGCAUUAACUGUGAAAAGAAUUUGUCGUUUACACACCAGAGAAAUCUAACCACUGAAGAUGAAUUUCAUAGUAAUUCAACUCUCGGUUGCUUAGUCGGGAGGAUAGCUAAUAAAGUGCCUCAUGUACCCAAUAAAAAAGAAAACAGCAUGUAUGAUAAACCUUUGAUCCCCCUAAUAGGUAUAAAAAAUGGGGUUCAGCUUUUUGAAGAACAUAAAACUACUGCAACAGAUGCUGAAAACAACAUUGCGAAAAGCCGUAGUGAACUUAAAAUUAGAUAUGAAGACUUUCAAGCAACCCAAAGAGAGAAAACUGUCAUUGAUCAGCAUGAGGCGCAAUACACAUUUUUCCCUAGUGUGGUACUUCCCAACUGUCUGAAAUGCCCAGAAAAAGUCUUCAACAGGCCGCCUAAACUUCAGAAACAAGAUGACCGCAGGUUAAAGCUCAAGUUGAGUAGAAAGAAAUCAAAUGGUACCCAGUUGACAGGAAAUUCUACAGCUGCAAAGGUAAAAAGUGCCCACUCCACUGAACUGAAUUCUUGUAGCAUCAGAGUACUGCAAAAUGAAAUAUCAAUGGAUCACAGUUCGAUGAAAUCUUUAGAUAAUGGUCUUCCUUUAGAAUCACAGAUCUUUAAUAAGGAAGGAUCUCCAGAAAAUAGCCUAGAGGGACAGUCAUUUCGGUUAGCAUGCAGUAAGUAUACACUCCGAACAAAGCGGAAAGUAAGCUACGAAGCUGAAGACAGUGAACAUGGCCAAGGCUCAGAAAUCUUCAAGGCCAGCCCAACUCGGCCAGAGUGUUCAAAAGCCAAUGAUAACAGUACAGAUCGUUCUCAGCGAUCACGCAAAAGGAGAAGGCUUAACAAGAAGGAACCCCCUGUGAUUAUAAAAUAUAUUAUUAUUAACCGAUUCAAGGGCAGAAAAAAUAUGUUGGUUAAGAUAGGGAAAGUGGAUUCAAAUGAGGACCAUGUUGUGCUUGAUGAAGAUAAACUGCAAAAAUAUCACAAAAUUUCACCAUUAAAAGACUGGUGGCCCAAGGUCACUGAACCACCUCUUGUUAUCAAACCUUUUGCAACACCUACACCAAAGAGAGGAAAAAAAGCAAAAGUUCAGUCCAGCUUAAAAAAAAGAGCUGGAAGAUACAAAAAGCUACAAAGAAAGGAAAAACUUAACAUUGCCAGCCAAACUCAAAUAAAAAGAAGUGCUUUUACUAAAAAGAAAGUAGAAUUUUCUCAACUUUCCCCUCCUUCACCUUGUUACAGUGCUGAGGCAGACGACUGUUCAACAGAAUAUAAAGAUGUAAUGUAUAAACUUGGCUUUUUGUCUGAAAGAAUGCCAAGUCCUUCUAAACCAUCACCACCUCGAUGCUGGUCACCAAGUGAAAUGCAAGGGGAUGGAAUGCCAUCCAUUGUAUCAACAGAAGAUGACGUAUUGGUCAGAGACAGUGAUCCCUGUGCUUUAAUCAAUUCUGAUUAUUUGUUGCAAGGCAGUAAAAAUCGCAGAAAAAAGCAAUGUUUAAAAUCCAGGAAGAAAUCUCCCUGCAAUGCUGGCAUGACAGCUAAAAAGAUGAAAGUAUCCCAGAAAGCUAAGCAAGUGACAGGCGAUGAAAAAGAUGAACAGCAGUUAAAGCAACGUAAGAAAACAAGAAAAAGAUGGACUCGGAGACAAAAAAAUACAGUUCCAAACCUUGCUGUGAAGCAGGGGGCACUUCAAAGUACGGAGCCACAUGAGCAAAAGAGGAGCUCUGAGCUCAUCAGCAGCGAACUGAAUUCAUCCUCUAAAGAUAGAGCCAUAAGUAGGUUUUGUGGAAAUCUUGAAAAUGUGCUUGUUGCAGAAUCAGACCCCAUUUCCAAGAUUGAUGAGCAACCCAACAUUCCUCUUAGCAUCUGCUCAACAGGGCAUCUUCCUUCAACACAACCUUAUUCUGAAGAAAUUCAAGGCGACUCAGGGGGUUACUAUUGUUCUUUGCUGGAAGCUGAUGACAACACAAACCUGCCUGACUUCUCAUAUCCGCCAGGUGAGCAAGACUCAGACACACUGUCCCAAUUAACCACAUGUUCUCAGUCCCAGUUGCAUUCCAGUCUCCCAUUCAGUCUCAGCAAAACGAGCCCUUCAUGCGCGCACUCUGAUUCUAUUUACAUGUUGGAUAACAGAACUCAGAUGACAGAUAAUUUCCAAUUAUCAGUGGGCACGAACCUUGCGCCACAGGCAGCAUUGACUCUUCCUCAAGGUGAGCAUUGUUUUGAUCACUUAACGGCCUCUUCCACAGAUCAACCUCAUCCACAGCCUUCGCAGUACUCUCACCUGCCAGUUCAGUCAACUGAAGACAUGUUCAGACUACAGAGAAACAAUCCAACGCAGCAGAGGUCACAGCUUAUGAGCCACACAAAAGCUGGUGGUGCUCCACCUAUUUCUGAAGCUAGAGAGAGGCAAAAUGGAGAGGACAUGCAAAUGUAUAAAUCUGACCAGAAGUCCACAUUUUCUCAAUCAGAACUUGAAGUUGAUGGCAAAAUAAAUUAUCCAUCUCAAUCAUUCCAGCGAUCCAAAGCUCAUCAAUCAAAACCUACUCUAUUUACUUCUGAGGUAAAUCAGCAUUCAGCAUAUUCACAAACAAAUAUUGUCAUGGAUUUGCCUGUCAGGAUUUCUCCGCUAGCAAAUGAAAAGGACGGUCAGUGUCUUAAUCUUACUUCAUGUAGCCACAGUAAAUUAGUGAAAAAGGUUUUGGAAAGGGAACAAGAAACUGGCAGCAUUUUGGAUAUAUCUGAUUUCACCCCUCCUAGAAUAAAGCAGAGAUCAGUGUCGGAAACAUUCUUGGAAACAAAUAUCAUGCCCCAAUCUCAGAAACCUGAACACAACCUAAGAAUAGAUGGCCUAGCUUCUGUUGGUAAUAGUCAGUCUAGCCUCACCGUUUUAAGAGAGUUGCUGCAGAAAAGACAGCAAAAAGCACACCAAGGAAAUGCUCAAGCUCCUUCUCCAAAAACACUGUUUCAUAGAAGUAUUUCUUGUCCGAAUGAGCAAAAUGAACUCAGUAAAAGUUCUGCUAACACAGACUUUUCUGGUUUUCUCCCUGCUGCUCAUUCAAAGUCCCCAAAGGAUGCUGCUUCUAAAAAAACAAGGAACUCGAGAAGUGCAAAGAUUGCACAGAAGAAAGCCAAAACCUCAAAAAGAGAGCUCACCAAAAAACCUCAGACUUCUCAAUCUAAAUGUCCCUUUUCUGAUGACAGCCCUGUUUUCCAUUCAGACGCAGGCUUUGAUAGUUACAGUUUUGACAGUUUAUCACCUGAACUUCCCCAGUCUUACAAUUUUGAUAUCAAUACUGUUGGACAAACCAGGUAUUGUACCAUAUAUUCUGGAUGUCAAUUCAUGCCAGCAGCUGAGCAAAAUCUGCCUCAAAAAUUUUUGAGUGAUGUUGUUCAGGAGUCUAUUCCAGCCCAGGCAGUAAUAGAGACUUGUGCUUAUAAGCCCCAGAGCAGUAAAAUGCAACACUCUGACCAAGUACAUCAACCUUCAGACAAUACUGAAUGGGCCAGGUCUGGCUCAAUCAGCCCUGAUCUGUUUGAAAAGUCCUUUGUAGACAAUGGAGAAAAGUUGAAGCAAUUAAAUAAAAGCUCUGACCUGCCAAUUCCAAAUGCUCUGUCAAGUUCUUCUGAGUCAUCUAGUACCCAUUUGUCUGGAAUGUCAACUAUGGAGCUGAAGGAUCAGACCCCUAAUCAUUGUCAUGAUUCUUUGGAGAAUGGAACUUCCUGUAGCCCUGUAAAGUCUUCGAGUAGCCAAAUAAUGCUAUUGGAUGAAGGAAGUGGAAGAGAAUGUGACAGGUCUGAUGUUUGUUUGUCUGCCCUUUCUACUGGUUCAAGUCCAAAUGGAGCUAUAGGAUUUAUUGGUGAAGACAUGGCAGCAAUAAGCUGUGAAGAUCCAGAGCUCUGUGCUUCCAAAUAUAGCAAUGGUUCCCCAGCAACGUCUCAUAGUUCUCCAGCAUCCGUUAGUUCCCCGUUACAAUCCAAAAAUAGCUGCUACAUCAGCCGCACAUCAGGUGCUCACAUUUUAAAGCCUUUAAUGUCACCACCAAGCCGAGAGGAAAUAGUGGCAACACUGUUUGACCAUAACCUGUCAGAAACUGUCUACCAAGAACCAUUCUGCAGUGAUCCAUCAGAUGCUCCGGAAAAACCCAGGGAGAUAGGAGGACGGGUUUUGACUGUUCAAACCAGAUUACCCAAUGAAUUGCCGGAGUUUGAUGGAGAUUUUUCACUGGAAGGGCUGCAAUUCUGGAAGACAGCCUUAUCAGCGAUGACACAGAAUGCUAGACCUAGCUCCCCUGCUUUUACUGGGAAUAGACAUUCUACUGCUCAAAAGAUGGGGGCUGGUCUAGGAGCUUCUGAAGACCGAAAGAUUAUAAUCCUGCCAUGUAAAAGUCCACCUAGUUUGCAACGAGUGCAGUUAUGGCUUCAGGCCAAAAGAGAAUACGAGCAUUCAAAGAAACGUUCAAAAAAUCAGACUGGUCUAAUUAAGAAUACCAGCCAGAAUCAGUGCUUGCAGCCUUCACAAGAAGAUAGGACUCCUCUGGCUGAAGAGUUGGCUACGGCAAUUUCUGCAGUUCCUGACCAAGAGCAAGCUGGAAGGGAUGCCCAGCCAAGUGAACGUGCCUCUUCCCCUGAAACACCGCUGCUAAAAGUUCCAGAGCAGAACAACAUGAAACCUCAGUCUCCAGCAAGACAACUAACUAAAGUACCGCAGCCAUUUGAAGAUGAUGACGAUGACUAUCGUGCGUACAGUUCCCCUGAUUCACCACUGUUAUCUCCAUGGCAACAACCAACUUCUCCUAAUGUAAGGCAGUGGGAACCAAAUGAAGAAAAUAGAGGCAUAAUUAAGCCAACAGCGACCUUCAGCAUGGAGAUUGCAGCAGAGGAUUGCCCAUCACCGAUCAGCAAUAGCGUGCCUUCAAAUGCUGGACAGUGUGAUGAGCAGCAGCUGGCAAGAUCACCCUUUCAGUCUAAUACAAGAGCGGCUGAGAAUUCUGCAUCUGUACUACAUAGCACACCUGUCGCACAGAGGCUUAGAAGUGAUGGAAUUCCUGAUGCUCUUUACUGCACUCCUAUACAAAUGGAACCCAGGCUUCAGAAGAUAAGUCAAAGAAGGGCAAGUAACUCUGAUGCCUUGAGGAGAGUGCUACUGACAACUCAACUUAAGAAUCAGUUUGCUUUUCAAUCUGCAAAGAAGAAUGUGUCUCAGAUAGAAGGACCAACUCUAAACAACUCUUACGGCUUCAAAGUCAGCCAACAAAACCUCCAAGAGGCAAAAGCUUUGCAUGAGGUGCAGUAUCUUGUACUCAUGAGUAUGGAAUUACAUGCUCGCUCCAGACGUGAUUUGGAACCUGAUCCUGAAUUUGAUCCAAUCUGUGCCUUAUUCUACUGUGUUACUUCUGAUGCACUGCUACCAGAAACAAACAAAACUGAGGUUAUUGGUGCUAUAGUAAUUGAUAAGGGCCAUACCUGCUCCAACAAAGGCACCUCUUUUUCUGUUGCAGGACUCGGGAGCAAAACCCCACUGCUCGUUAGAUCUGGUGUAACAGGUCUUCAAAUUUCUUAUGUGAAUGACGAGAAGGAGCUGUUUCAGGAACUCAUUAAUAACAUCAGAAGGUACGAUCCUGAUAUUCUCCUGGGAUAUGAAGUUCAGAUGCAUUCAUGGGGCUACGUUUUUCAGCGAGCUGCUGCGUUAGAAUUUGAUCUUUGUCGAAUGAUCUCCCGUAUUCCAGAUGAUGAUAAAGAAAAUCGAUUUGCUCCAGAAAGAGAUGAAUAUGGUGCCACUGCCAUGUCUGAGAUAAACAUUGUGGGACGGAUCAUUCUGAAUGUAUGGAGAAUGAUGAGGAGUGAGGUUGCUCUCAACAAUUACUCUUUUGAGAAUGUAGCCUUUCAUGUUCUUCAUCAGCGUUUUCCACUCUUUUCCUUCCGUGUCCUAUCUGACUGGUUUGAUAAUAAGACCAAUCUGUACAGGUGGAAGAUGGUUGAUCAUUAUAUUUGCCGUGUACGUGGAAAUCUACAGUUGCUGGAACAACUGGAUUUGAUCGGAAGGACGAGUGAAUUGGCACGAUUGUUUGGUAUCUUGUUCUAUCAUGUGCUGACAAGAGGAGCACAGUAUCGUGUGGAGUCGAUGAUGUUGCGUGUUGCCAAACCAAUGAACUACAUCGCUGUAACUCCUAGUGUCCAACAACGAUCCCGUAUGAGAGCUCCUCAAUGCAUUCCACUUGUGAUGGAGCCUGAAUCUCGCUUCUAUAGCAACUCUGUCCUGGUUCUGGAUUUUCAGUCCCUGUACCCUUCUAUCAUCAUAGCUUACAACUAUUGCUACUCUACAUGCCUGGGCAAUAUUGACUACCUUGGAAAAGAAGAAGAGUUUAAGUUUGGCUGCAUUUCCCAGAAAGUGCCUCCAGAAUUACUUCAUCAGCUUUGGAAUGAUAUCACUAUAUCACCAAAUGGGGUGGCCUUUGUUAAGUCAUCCGUGCGGAAAGGUGUGCUACCAAGCAUGCUUGAAGAGAUACUGAAGACCAGAAUAAUGGUGAAACAGGCCAUGAAAGCCCACAAGAAAGACAAAUCACUUACAAAAUUGCUUCAUGCUCGACAGCUGGGUCUAAAGCUCAUUGCCAACUUCACUUAUGGUUACACUGCUGCUAACUUUUCUGGAAGAAUGCCAUGUGUUGAGAUUGGUGACAGCAUUGUUCUCAAAGCAAGAGAGACCCUUGAGCGUGCAAUAAAGUUGGUCAAUGAGACAAAGAAAUGGGGAGCUCAUGUUGUGUACGGAGACACUGAUAGCAUGUUUGUGCUGUUGAAAGGAGCCACCAAGGAACAGGCCUUCAAGAUUGGACAAGAGAUUGCUGAUGCUGUGACUGCCACAAAUCCAAAGCCUGUGAAACUAAAAUUUGAGAAGGUUUACCUACCAUGUGUUUUGCAAUCAAAGAAGAGGUACGUUGGUUAUAUGUAUGAGAGUUUAGACCAGAAAGAUCCUGUUUUUGAUGCCAAGGGGAUCGAAACUGUGCGGCGAGACUCCUGUCCUGCUGUCUCCAAGAUUCUAGAGCGGUCACUAAAGCUGCUAUUUGAAACAAGAGACAUCAGUCAAAUCAAGCAGUAUGUUCAGAGGCAAUGCACAAAGGUACUGGAAGGGAAAGCCAGCAUGCAGGAUCUGACUUUUGCCAAAGAGUACCGGGGGAGUAAUUCAUAUCGUCCUGGAGCAUGUGUCCCUGCUCUCGAACUGACCAGGAGGAUGCUCUCAUAUGAUCGGCGUUCUGAGCCCAGGGUAGGCGAGAGAGUUCCUUACGUCAUUGUGUACGGAGUACCAGGUGUGCCUCUCAUUCAGCUUGUCAGACGACCGAUUGAGGUGCUGCAGGAUCCCAGCUUGAGACUGAAUGCUACCUACUACAUCACCAAACAGAUCCUGCCACCCCUCAACAGGGUUUUCUCUCUGAUUGGUGUGGAUGUCUUCAGCUGGUACCAUGAGUUACCCAGGGUCCAGAAGGCGUUUUCAACAGCUCGCAAUGAACAGGAUGGCCGUAAAGGAACAAUCUCCCAGUAUUUCACCACCCUGCACUGUCCAGCCUGUGAUGAGCUCACUCAGCUGGGCAUCUGUAAUAAGUGCCGAAGCAACCCUCAGCAAGUGGCUGUGAUCCUUCAUCAGGAGAUUCAAGAAUGGGAAUGGAAACAGGCUCAGCUGCUAAAGAUUUGCAGGAAUUGCACAGGCUGUGUGGAUAGACAAGUUCAGUGUGUCUCACUGGAUUGCCCGGUCUUGUAUAAGCUGUUCAGCGUCAGUCGUGACCUUACAAAGGCCCCGUACCUUCGUCAAUUGUUGGACCAGUUUUAACAACUCUAAUCCACCCAAGGCAUUGGCUGGUGCUCAUUUCAGUUUUUUCUCAUCUGUAUUUUUCUGUGUACAGAAAUCCUGGUCAUGGUGAGUUUGCCAUGGCUGCAAAAGCCAAGCUUUUAUAGCCUACUCAGUUGAAGCGUUUUGCCAUUUCUACUUUUUGAGUGUGAACAAACGAUAUGUUGCAGUGCAAAGGGUCUAUUAGGUAAUCGUUUCACUUGUUGGGAGAUCAUUUUUUUAAACUAAAAUUGUGAACCUGUGUCAUUUCCAUUGUGAUGGACGAUUGAACAGCCCUGUAAAUAAGUGUACAGUAAUAUUUCGUAUGCAAUUAUGGUAAAUGGAGUUCUUAUCUAUGGGCACUGAAAUGUGGGUAAUUAACAACUAUGGUGCAAAUUUCAAGCUGCAUAUGUUUACAGAUGAUUUUCUACUAUAUAUUGAAGUUUUAUGUGUUGUAUGUUUUAACAACCUUUUUCAAUUAUAUAUAUUUUUUGUUUACCUUUUUUGAUAGUUGCUUUCUCUAGUGUGCACCGUAGUAAACUUGCAGUACAAAAUGUAGCAGUUUGUUAAAAGCACUGUCAUGUUGAUGUUUCUGGGUGCUUUGCUACGAAAACAAUCAUGGCUAGACAAGAUUUUGGAAACAGUGCUGUGUGGGGUUGUUGCAAUAUCUUGAUUAUUUAUUCGGAUUAUAUAUUAUUGGCACUUCAUGUCCUUUUUAAAAGUUUAUAUUGUUUUCAAAGAAAAGCUUAACAGUUUCUCAUUAUGUCAAGUCUGAUUUGCCAAAAUUUGUACAAAUGAGGCACUUUUUUUCAAUGGUUGUAAAGUUGUAUGGAAAUAUAAAGGAAUUAUAUGAUCCUG